AUGUCGAAAUCUGGCCCACGCCUCAAGGAUGAGGGCUCACGACUCCAAGUCGUAACCGCCGGGGCUACAGCCGGUUUAAUAUCCCGGUUUGUGGUUGCGCCCCUCGACGUUGUCAAGAUCCGCCUGCAAUUGCAAUCGCACUCGCUCUCGGACCCCCGAACUCAUCUCGACCUUCGCGGCUCUCCUAUCUAUAAGGGCACUAUCGGCACAUUCCGUCAUAUCGUCGCUAAUGAAGGCAUCACCGCCCUGUGGAAGGGCAAUGUGCCCGCUGAGUUGAUGUACGUGGCGUACGCCUCCAUCCAAUUCACUACCUACCGGUCCACGACGCAGCUACUACGCACUUUUUAUGGAGAUGUCCGCCGGCUCCCCCAGUCCGUCGAGUCGUUUGUCAGCGGUGCUGCGGCCGGCGCAGCAGCCACCGCGGCUACGUACCCGUUGGACUUGCUACGCACGCGGUUCGCGGCCCAGGGCAACGACCGCGUGUACAUGUCGCUACGGCGGGCGAUAGCUGACAUAGCGCGAGAUGAGGGCGCGCCUGGAUUUUUCCGUGGACUGGCACCUGCGUUAGCGCAGAUCGUACCGUUCAUGGGACUCUUCUUCGCCGUGUACGAGGGCGCGCGGCUACCGCUGGGACAAGUUGAUGCGCUGCCUUGGGGCACGGGAGAUGCCACGGCUGGAGUCAUCGCGAGUGUCGUGGCGAAAACGGGCGUGUUCCCCCUCGACCUCGUGCGCAAGCGUAUCCAAGUCCAGGGCCCCACGCGGAGCCGCUACGUCCACAAGAAUAUUCCCGAGUACGCCGGUACGGUAAGCACCAUACGCCGGAUUCUAGAGAGAGAAGGGGUUAGGGGCCUGUAUAGAGGAUUACCGGUUAGUUUGCUUAAGGCAGCUCCUGCGAGCGCUGUCACGAUGUGGACGUAUGAACGGACUUUGAAUUCCCUAGUUAAGAAAGCGGAGCGUAAUGUUGAGUUGUAA